UUUCCCUCUCUUUCCUUUCUUCCAACCGACAAUUAUGAGCUUUAAACAAUAGCAACAAAAAAAACCAAUUAUAUUUCCCAAUUUAUUCUUCUUUUUUCCUCCUUUCCCUUUUCCGAUCUAAAAUCAUGGCUAACGAUAAGGAAAUGUCUGCUCCUAUUAUGGAUGGUCAUGAUACAGUUACUGGUCACAUAAUCUCAACGACUAUUGGGGGCAAGAAUGGAGAACCCAAGCAGACUGUUAGUUACAUGGCAGAGAGGGUUGUGGGGACUGGAUCUUUUGGAAUUGUUUUCCAGGCAAAAUGUCUGGAAACUGGAGAAACUGUGGCUAUAAAGAAGGUUUUACAGGACAGGAGAUACAAGAAUCGUGAAUUGCAGUUAAUGCGCACAAUGGAUCACCCAAAUGUGGUGUCUCUAAAGCAUUGUUUUUUUUCAACUACUAGUAAAGAUGAGCUUUUUCUCAAUUUAGUAAUGGAGUAUGUCCCUGAGUCAAUGUAUCGGGUUCUAAAGCAUUAUAGCAACAUCAACCAGACGAUGCCACUGAUUUAUGUUAAACUGUACACCUACCAAAUUUUCAGAGGUCUAGCUUAUUUGCAUAAUGUUGCUGGAGUAUGCCAUAGAGACUUGAAGCCCCAAAACGUUUUGGUUGAUCCUCUUAGUCACCAAGUGAAGAUUUGUGAUUUUGGAAGUGCGAAAGUGCUAGUGAAGGGUGAAGCAAAUAUCUCGUACAUUUGCUCAAGGUUUUAUCGUGCUCCGGAACUCAUAUUUGGGGCCACUGAGUAUACAUCCUCCAUUGAUAUCUGGUCAGCUGGAUGUGUCCUUGCCGAGCUUCUUUUGGGACAGCCACUAUUUCCCGGAGAGAAUGCCGUUGACCAGUUGGUGGAGAUUAUAAAGGUUCUUGGUACACCAACUCGAGAAGAAAUUCGUUGUAUGAAUCCAAAUUAUACUGAUUUUAGGUUUCCUCAAAUUAAGGCACACCCAUGGCACAAGGUUUUCCACAAAAGGAUGCCUCCUGAAGCAAUAGACCUUGCGUCACGACUGUUGCAGUAUUCGCCAAGUCUUCGUUGCACUGCUCUAGAAGCAUGUGCACAUUCUUUCUUUGAUGAACUGCGUGAUCCUAAUACCCGAUUACCAAAUGGACGUCAUCUGCCGCAGCUGUUCAACUUUAAACAAGAGUUGUCUGGAGCCCAUCCAGAUCUUAUAAACAGGUUGGUACCAGACCACAUAAAAAGGCAAAUGGGUAUACAAUUAAUGCAUCCCACCGGGACAUGAGUCGAGGUUUUACUUGUUGGGUGAAUAUGAAGGGGUACAAGUGAUCUCUACGCCAAAGUUUUUGCCUGAACAGAGGCAUCUCUUUGAUGUUGCGCCAAGUACAGACUAAGGAAGCUGGAGGGCUCCUCAAGAAAUGUUUCUCUUUCUGUUUUCAGUUCCCCCUCCUUUUCGAGUUUCUUCUUCUCGCUAUUUUUAAGCGAAUAUCCCCCCGAGUUAAGCACGUAAUUGUUGUACAUGUCCAGUUGUUGUUACUUAGAAGACAGGUUUUCAGCAAAUGAGGUAUUUAAGUAGGCAGCAAGCCCUCUAAAGAACAGUGGGGUAGUAAUUAGCUGGAUUGAUUGUUGAUUUUUGAUUCUGAGUUGCUGUAUUUAGUGUUUGUAAUCGAUAAAUACUACAUUGUAGCAAAAGAUGUUACUCUUGUGAAGUAAUGUAUCUUUACUGUUUCCUUUCUGGUU